GGCCAGACAUUAACAGCAGCCUUUAACACAGCCCAGCCUUUUUCUGUGCCUUCACAUGCAACACAGGAUACACUCUCUCUCUCUCUCACACACACACACACACACAUGCGUACACUCGUAACCACUUACGCAUUCAAUCAUAUCUCAAACUGGAGUCGGAGUGAGGAAACAGAAUGUCAGGGAAGGAAGCGCUGAAGCCAGUGGGAAAGCAGCAUUUGCCUCAAGUUUGCAGAGCUCUUUUUUUGCCCACUCUACAGGAGGUCUCAAUGAGAAGUUUGGAUUCAUAAAAGUGAGCAAAUAGCUGUUGAUAUCUUUGGAAAUAGGCCAGCACACAAACGAAUUUUAGAUUCAGUUAAGUAGUAGGAACUUCACUCGGAUCCCACUCUCGAGAUCUGGGGGUUUCAAACAGGGAAGACGGUCAUCAGGAGGAAAUUCUUGAAAUUCUCUUUGUCUCUGACCACUCACCGCUCUCAAGGUCUUUCAGAGUUUCAUCAUCUGCUGCCACCAUAGAGCCGCAGGAGGACACAUCCUCAGGAUAUAGCACACAUCGACCACAAAGGAAAGAUGAGUCUGUCGCGGAACGGGACGCUGGAGAAGACGGAGCAGGCCCAUUCUGAGCCAGGCUCCCCCCUCAGAGUGGGCUCAGGGGUCGUGGUGCCGCCCCCGUACUCUCUGGGGGGCAGCGAUGCUGCCGACACCCCUCUGGAGUUGAGGGGCUCUCUGGACUGCUGGGCGUGCUCUGUGCUGGUCACUGCACAGAAUAUGAUCAUAGCGCUGAUCAAUGGCGGGCUGGCCAGCAUCAUCUUUGGCACCAUCCUCACCCCAGCUUUGGCCAUGAUCAUAUUUGGCUUCCUCUGCCACUCCACGGUGCAGCCCCAUGGCACAUCUCUGUACUGCUCAGACAUGCUGGACGACGCCGGCUGCGUGGCUCUGCUGGUGGUGGGAUUCCUGUUGCUCACCCCUCUGCUGGUCCUGGCACUCGCUGCCUACUGUCGCCUGGCCCGCCACCUCCAGCUGGGAAUGUGUUUCAUUCCCUACAGCCGCGCUGUCUACAAGAACCUUCCUGCCUCUCGCCACCGGAGGGCCGACGCAGGAGGAUGCUGUGGCCGGCAGGGCACUUCAGAGCAGGAGGGGAAGGGCAGCGUAUGGGUGUAGGAGAGAGGAGAGGAGAGGAGAGGAGAGGAGAGGAGAGGAGAGGAGAGGAGAGGAGAGGAGAGGAGAGGAGAGGAGAGGAGAGGAGAGGAGAGGAGAGGAGAGGAGGAUUGUGUAUGGGUGUUAGUGUAUCUCUUUUUAAUGAUGAGCAUUGGGUUGUUUGAGUCUGGGUAUGUUUUAUGCAAAUUACCAUAGUUUUCUUCUAUUUCUAAAGCCAUUGCAAACAGCCAACAUAUUUCAUGAUUUAUAGUGAUUGUUUGGAAGUCCAUAUUGGUUUUUAUAUGCUAUUUCAAUGUUUUGAUUGUAUUUUAUACCUUCUUUUUACAAUAAAGUGUCACUCGACCGGUUGCUUUGUUGGUUUACAGAGACACCUGAAUGUGAACUUCAUUUAAGAAAAGAAGAUAACGUUUAAAGAAGUAAAGAAGUGCACUGAAUAGGGUAAAGAGAUAAAUAAUUGAAUUACUUUGAUCUUUAAUUAUCAUAUCAUGCCAAUAAAAUGCAGAAUGGAAAAUUCCAGUAAUGGGAUAACAUGGCAUGAAAAGGCAUGGCAUAAUGGCAUAGUAUGAUGAAAAAAUGUCAUAGAAAUGUUAUAAUAUAUAUUUUUGCCAUAUAAAAAUCUAUAGUAUGUACACAAAUCUGUGUUAUAACUGUAUAAGUAAUAGGUAUGUCCAAAAAGUCAUUAAAAAGGUUCAGAAUAAUAUCAUGAAAAAAAUCAUGCUAUAUAGAAUUUCAAAGUAGUUC